GCGAGUCGGCUGCCGGAGUCAGCCACGUCCGGACGGCGUUCGUGCUCGCUCGCUCCGCACUGCCCCGCGCUCCACAGCGGGUCGCAGAUCCCGCGCGCGCUCGCGAAGUUACACGGCGCCCGCGACAGGUGGCCGCCGCGAGCUUCUCCAGCCGGAACACGCUGCAGCACAGCGGCUGUCGGACGUCAACUGGAAAAGGUCACAGGUGGCCCUGACCUCUGGGCGUUACACCCCCUUCACGGGACUAGAGAAACACCGGAAUUCACUGUCCAUUUAAACACACAACUUUCUGAUUCCCCUCCCAAAUGAGGGUCUUCACCGGAAACUAAACCACUUGGUUCUCGAACUGAUACUGUAUACUGAAGUUCAACGUUACGAAACUAACGUGCUACAGCCUACAAGCAGCCUUACGGGCUCUAUGCAAUGAAUAAGUAACCACUGUAUCUGUAACUUUCGAAUCUGUUGUAGCUUAUAUCGCUUACUUUCAUAUUUUACGUAGCGUGUUGCUCGUAUUUACUAGAGAGAAGUAAUAGUAGCCUCCUGAAAUAUUAAAAAAAUCUGACAAGUGUGCCGACAGGACAAGCUCCUAUACAAGAAAAUGCCGUCCUUCGACUAGUGCUUCGCUCCGAGGGGACUCCAUUAGAAACACAACAGGCAGCGAUGUUGGUGGCGGGCGCAGCCCUAUUACUGGUGCUGCUCUGCCCGGCUUCCCACGCCAAGAUAGGAUACUUCUGGCAUAUUACGGACAUCCAUUACGACCCAAAGUACGAUCGCAACGGUGACCCAAAAUCCAACUGUUGGCGAUCGGACACGGGUCGAGCAGGAGGUGUAGGUGGCGCCUCUCCUGGCCAGCUGGGAGACUACCGCUGCGACGCUCCGUGGGACCUGGUCGAGUCUGCUGUGCGUGCUAUGAAGAGCAAGCACGGCGACAACAUCGACUUCAUCCUCUGGACGGGGGACGGCGCUUCGCACGUGGGCGCUCGAGGCCAGGAGCAACAGCUGUCGGCGCUGCAGAACAUCACGGCGCUGCUGCGGCAGUCGUUCAGCAGCCAAUUCGUGUUCCCCGUGCUGGGGCACGAGGACGCGCCCGGAGCCUACCAAAAUCUCACGCAGCUCUGGAGCUACUGGCUGCCCUCCGAGGCACUGCACACCAUGCGCAAAGGCGGCUACUACACGAUCGAGCGCAAGGAGAGGAAGCUGCGACUCAUUCUGAUCAACACCAACCUCUACAUAGGCGUGGGCGGCGCCUCCCAUGGGUCGGACGACGACCCGGCGGGUCAGUGGGCGUGGCUGGAGAACACGCUUCAGAAGUCGCUCAACAACAGGGAGACGGUGUACAUCGUGGGCCACGUACCUCCCGGCGGUGACGAGCGGACGAGCGGCCUGGUGACCCCGCCGGCCCGCGCCGUCUUCCGCGAGCGCUUCAACGCUCGCUACUUGGAGCUGGUGCGCCGCUACAGCUCCAUCAUCGUGGGCCAGUUCUUCGGACACCUGCAUGCCGACUGCUUCCGCGUCGUCUACGACACGAGUGGUGUUCCCGUGUCGUGGAUUAUGGUGGCUCCGGCCGUCUCGCCUCGCAGGGGGCACGGCUCUGCUACCAACCCAGGGCUUCGCCUCUACAAGUUCGACACCGACACAGGGAAGGUGUUGGACUACGCGCAGUACUUCCUGGACCUGCAGCAGGUGGCGGCGCGGGAGGCGCUGGCCCAGCAGCAGCAGCAGCAGCAGCACCAGCACCACCACCACCACACGCCGCACGCCGACGAAUGGCAGCUCGAGUACAACUUCACUUCCUACUACGGCGUCCACGAGAUCUCGCCGGAGGCUCUCGCUGGCCUCGCCGAGGCCUUCCCGGACCCAGCACGUGCCAAACUAGCCAACAAGUACGACAGGGCGGCAUCGGUGAGGUACACUGGCGCCGGCGGCGGCAGCGCGUGGUGUGACUCGGCGUGCGCGCACGCACACUUCUGCUCGGCGACCAAGCUGGAGCGCGCCGCGCUGCGCCGCUGCCUCGCCGUGGCCGCCAGCUCGCUGCACUCUGCGGCGGGGGUUCCCCGGCCACCAGCCGCGACAGUUGCUCUGGCGGCCGCUGUGAUGACAGUGGCGCUGCUGCUGUGCGUAUCCGACACGGCGUCGUGACACCGGGAGCACGUGACGCAAGCCGCUUGAAGCACGCGGAGACCUCGGAUCAUCCACUGCUACUGGAUGACUACUACCGCAGUGCUCGUUCAACCGACGGAGUUAACAAGAAGACUGGAAAAGUUACAGCGCUACGAAAUAUGUGCACCUGAAACUGUGCUCAUGUAGACGACUUUACAUGCGAACUUAACCUCCAGAAGUGGAACAUUAAUAUAACCCUCCCAUUGCCUUGUGAACAAAACUCUGUACAUUAAAUUUAUGGUCGAAAAUUUUUCAUCAUUAACCUCACAUGUUCCAACGCAUUCCAUCAGUAUCAGCGGACAUGCUACCCAGUACAUGUAUCAUAUGAAACUUGCAAAGCUGAUGGUGUACUCGAUACUGAAGUGGAAUUCUUACAUUAAUAAUGACUUGAAAAGGAAAAUUAUCUCGGAGACUCCUUUUCCCAGAGUAAGACUUUUACAGCCAAUAUAACCAAACAAUUUCUAAGUGAGAAGCCGUCGCAUUUACAUGUACUAUUUAUCCUAGGAAAUAAUCUGUGAACAACGCCGGAAUAUUUUGAAACUUUGUUGAAUUUAUUAACGUGAUAAACAUUCUUUUUCUGUUUACAUCACCGCAGAUAAUUUUUCUACACUUGCCGGCUGUGAAUACACUUCCGGUUUCGGCUGCCACUAUUCAUUCUCCGAGUAGGCCGUCUUCCAGCCGUUGACGUGUUUUGUUGCGUUCCACAAUCAAGAAUAUUUUCUGACAGUUGAUGUUGCGGCAUCUCGAAACGCUGCUGACAUAAUCGACAGUGUUAACUGAGGUAAGAAACUUCCUGGGAGAUUAAAACGGGGUGCCGGACCGAGACUCGAACUCGGGACCUUUGCCUUUGGCGGGCAAGUGCUCUACCAACUGAGUAACCCAAGCAUUACUGACAACUUUACUUCUGUCAGUACUUCGUCUCCUACCUUCCACUAGAGCACUUGCCCGCGAAAGGCAAAGGUCCCGACUUCGAGUUCCGGUCCGGCACACAGUUUUAAUCUGCCAGGAAGUUACAUAUCAGCGCACACUCCGCUGCAGAGUGAAAAGCUCAUUCUGCAGACUUAGGUUCACAAAUUCCUUUGGUCCGUUUCGCGAAGCGCAGCAAUAAAACUCGUUCUGCAUUGGAACAAUAAGAACAACAGUCGUAAUAAAUGUAAAUUUUCUUCCAUAGAACACUACUUGCCUUUCUUCAUGUUCUACAUGUCAAAACAAAUGAGGCACCACCACAGAAGAACGAAGCUGAUAGUAUCUACUGAGUACAUGGAUAUUCACAUCAAAGGAUUCCCACUGCUUUAAUGGUUCUCGAUCAGUGUGAAACUGUAUUCUGGAGAACCAUUGUCACUGGACUUAUAAGCUCAGAAAUCGUAUACAUAUAAUUUCCAUAAGUGAACAGUUCCACGCAAAACGCUUUCAAUCGUACUUCAGGUAAUAACAAUGCCAUAUAAUUCAAUGCAUACAUGACGCUGUCAGUAAGUUAACGGACAAUUAUUUUAUCUUCGUCAAGAUUUUUGUUUUAUUGUUUAGAAGACUUUUAUGUUGUAAGUUUCAUCGGUCUGUCAACAGAAAAGUGAUGUGCUAAAGGUUCAAACAAUUUUCGUUAUGCAACCGGUGUGCUGUUUACUUUUCUACAAUAAUGACGGAAAUAUCAGACAAGGUUCAGUUUUCUUCAUUUUGUUGCUUUGGUGACUACUCCAUAUUUGCUCGAAAUUGCAUUCCCUGCUUUUAUAUUAUGACGAACUGACUAGAGCAACAACUGUGAUAGAAUGUUUUCUCUUUCUUGAGGAAUAAUUGAAGUAACAAUUUCUUCACGCUAUCAUAUGUAUAACUGUCUUUUUUGGUUUGCGUGCGGUUAUGUUCAAUAUCCAGGUCUGUACCAGCAAAUUUUACUUGCGUGACUGUAUUUGUCGUUACAAGCUUUUAUUUAAUUUAGUGAUUAAAUCUUUAGGUUAGAAAUUACUGUAGUUACAUAAUAAAACUAUAUUACACUGAAGAAAUGUUUUGUUGAUUUGAAACUCGUAGAUUCGGUAUCACAGAAAAGCAUAGUUGAAUCUCAUAUUGUUUGAUAUAUGUACAGAAUUUUAAUAUACUGAUGCAUAACACAGUACAUUCAAAAUGCCAAACCGUUGUCUUGAUUCACAUAUCUCCACGAAAACUGUCUCCUCAUAAUUGUUAGGACAAAAAUAAUUGAAAAGUGCUUGUCAGUUAAUCACUCAACAGUGAAAGUGUAGAUGAGUGCAACGUUUCCCCAGACUAACAACGUUAGUUCUUAACUUCACUGAUUUUCAGUUGUUUAUACGUCUGUGGUCGGAGCAUGCUGCUGGUGCCAGAGUUUGAGUACAACCAAUGAUCAGUAUAUCAAGCAAUACGUCUUUAUGUUAUUUUCGUAAAUACGGUUAUUGUGCUUCAAAUACAGCGGUGAUUUGUGGACUUGUAUUAUUAUUUGCAGUCGCAUUACGAUAUAAAGAAGCAAAUAAAAAUCCUACCUGUAGAAAUUUACAGUUACUUAGCAAUUUAUUUUUAUUGGGGAGACAGAGAAUCUCUUCCAUCAAACUCCGGAACAAAUUGAAAUUAUUCUUACAGGUGUCUAGUUGACGAAGUCGCAAUUCUACAGAUUCUGACACGAAGAUGUGAAACAAAUAAUAAUGAUUAAAAAACUAUUACAGUAACCACCACAAUUUGUCUUGUCUCUGAUAAGUUGUCACAGACCUCGUAGGCACAAGAUAAAAAUCGAGAAACUCGAAUGGUACAAUAUAACUUACGACAACUGCAUUUAAUGAAAUCGAAAAUCUCUUGAAGAGUUUUCGAGGUUUCAUUGUCUUUCUUAACAAAAUGUUAGCCCUCGACUUAAAAACACUAUAUUUUCUUCUAUCGGUCCUGGGAAUGAGCUUUUGGGCAUUUGCGUCUUUUGUUACAUAUCGCUUUUAUUUUGUUACUUACAAAAUGACUGCCUGGACAUAGUAACUGAUAUUUGUAUGUGACAGUAUUACCUGAAAUUUAUUCGCUGGUUUAAUUAUUAACAUUUUUACAUCUUUCACACGGCAUUGUCUAAUUCUCAGUCAUAAACUACUGCUGAAGAGUUCUAUGUGAUGCUGCUGGGAAAUUAUGUGUGACCAAUGAUAUACGAAUAUACACAGGUUAAUUGAAACUGUGAUAAUUUUUUUAAGUGCAGCUACAGUCUGCUUUAAUCUCAUUGAUAUAGAUUACAAAUGUUUUUUAAAGUGUAUGUUAUCAUGUAAUUGGUGUGAAGAAAUUUUUGAAUGUCUAUUUAAUAAUUUUCCAGUGAAGAUAACGUCUAUCAUGAGUGUAUUAAGUUUGAAAGAGAAACCUCUGAAAAUAUUUAAAUACGCUAAUAUUGUUCCUAUCUUUGAAGAUAAUAUUUUAUACCCAACGAUAUUCGUAAAACGUAUAUUUCUGUUCAAAUUGAUGUCAAAUUGUGAAUAAAAAUAAAUUAUAAAACAUG